AGCGGUUUCAGUCGCGCGACGGCUUUCGCCCAGGCCAGUCGAUCGAGCUCCUCUCCACAGGAAGAGCUAUCUCGUGCUGCACACCAUGAGAUCGUCGGCAGAUUGCGUCGAUCCAACGGCUCGCGACUCGCGACGUACGCCAUCGAUGUGAUCGCGACCAGUGCGCAUUCGUACGAUUGCAUAAAAAAACAAAUAUUUGUUCCACUGCAUGAAUCGUGUCUACCAUCGUGCACUUGAAAGAUCUCGAUCGCCGGAUUUUCCCCAGUGUAUCCAGUUUCCGGCAGAAGUGUGAAACACCGUGUCGUGUCGUUUAAACGUGCGUCGAGCAAACAUGAUUAAAUUGAUGGUUCAGCGAUCGUGCGCCAAGAUGGACGAGUUGAUUUCGAUUGAACUGGAAAUCGUGUUGCCGUUUUAGCGACGUGAAAGCAUUCGAACAAGCUGUAUUCAUCGAGACUGGACGCGUCGUUCAAGGAGAUCGCACAACGUCGACAGGAUUCUUUUCCGGAAAUGAUCGCUUCCUCGGAGCAGUACGAGAUCCACGCCUGAAUCGAGACGAUUGAAUCCUCAGCAACGAAAGAUGAGUUUCGCCAACAGCCACCGUACCACCGUCGUUCUUCGACCAAUCUCAAUUUCAAUCUCAAUCUCCACGUGGUCGAUCACCAGCGUCCCUCAGAUUAACGACAAUCACGGGAAAAUAGGAAUUACCUUGAAGAAUAAUAUCGAGGACAAUCAUUUCGAAGAAUAGUUUUAGAACUACGCAAGCUUCCGCCGAUAGAGCAGCAGGACGACGAGUGAAAUCCAGGGAAUUGCAGGUCGUCGAGUCGACGAAAGAGGAUCAGUGAGAUGCCCGGUCCGCUGUGAAAAUGCUGGUGGACGAUUGCGGUAGCACUAUGGGGUGGACUUCGGCCAGCGUGCGCGGGGGUUGGUCCACCCCGGGCGGCUGUAGGAAUUCUGCGAUGAACUUCGGUGGUAGCGUGCCCUCCCUUCACCCAGCUGGCUCGAUAAGAUCGCUCCGAUCACAGCAUUCUAUGCAGGGCGUGCCGGAGACACCGCGAAGAUGUAUGCACUGCCAUCCGGUACACGUGCCGAGCACCCCGAACAAUUACGUGCAUCAUCCAAUGCAGUAUUACACGCCGAGCCACUGUCCCGAGCCCAGGAACGGUAUCUACACUCCUCAUCGGGGCAGUUCCUAUCACGGUGAUACUCGAAUGCGUUACAUGGACACAGAGGGAAGCCUGCAUGAUGGCAUAAUCGGAAAUAGUAAUUGGAUGCUCGGUGAUUUGAGAAGUCUUCAUCGUUGUGUGCCAGCCUUUCGUCGUCCAGACGUCGCCGCCAUGCGAACGCAUUUCUAUCCAGAGGGUGGCUGGGGGUGGCUGGUUUGCGCAGCCGGGUUCCUCGCCCUGUUGCUCACCACUGGAAUGCAGCUCGCUUUCGGGCUUCUUCAUGUUCACGCUGUGCGACGAUUCGGCGAGGAACAUCUCAUGGAUCUGGCGUGGGUUGGCGCAUUGAGCACUGCGGUCUCCCGUGGAUCGGCACCCUUGGUCGUUGGCGCGUGUCGCCGUGGAAGUACAAGGCUUACAGCGGUGAUCGGCGGUCUCGUGCUGGCAUUGGCCUCGCUCUUCACCUCGUUCGCCGCGGAAUUGCACCAAGUCCUCCUCAGCUACGGCGUGGUACUGGGCACCGGUGCUGGCCUCGUGAGAGAAACUGCCGACCUGGUGCUGGGCCAUUACUUCAGAAAACGGCGGGAGUUCGUCGAGAUGGUCGUGCAAGCCGGCACGGGGGUGGGAAUAGUGCUCUUCAGCGUCUUCUACAGGGAAGCUGUCGGAAAGCUGGGCUGGGAGCGUGGCAUGCAGUCGGUAACCGGAGCUCUGUCGUUGGCCUUCUUCCUGGGCUUGAUUUACAGAAGCGCCUCUCUCUAUCACCCGCAACGACGGGCCAUGUUACACGUGAAGAAUCAACGAGGUGGCAAGUUGAAAGAGAAGAAGACCGCAUCGAAGCCACCAAGACAGCCAUGGGUGGAUCUCAGCCCUCUAGGUAGUCGGCCUGUCAGGAUGUUGAUGCUGGCCGCUGGGGCAGCCGGUUUCGGCCUUUAUACGCCCGCCUUUUACAUCGCUAUCCAGGGCCACAAAGAUGGUUUGGAGGCGAGCGCAGUGGUGCUUUUGCAGACUUGCCUGGGUUUGGCAGCGGCACUCGGCUGCGCAGCUUGUGGUGUCGUUACCGCGAGACCAUCUGCCCAAUGCCUAGUGUCCAGGCAAUGUCUCUGUCAGGCAGCACUACUCGGAGUUGCCAUAACUCAGGUGGCUUUGGGCAGCGUGCAAGGUUACCACGGGCUGAUUCUGGCUUCCGGUUUGUACGGCGCAUCCCUCGGCGGUGCACUUUACUCCCUGAAAAUGCUGGCCCUCGAAAGACUGAGGGCAAAACACUUUGCACGCUCCUGGGCACUCGUGCAGGCCGCAGAAGCUUUACCUAUUCUUCUCGGAGUUCCUCUUACUGGUUACAUGAACGCGAACAGCUCGAGGGUGGGUUACUACGCGUGCACGUUAAGUUCCUUGUGCGGUGCAGCGUUGCUCUUCCUGGUUGGCUGGGGUCGCCAGCCGGCGUCUCCUCUACUUCCUGGCUCGCACCUCUCCAACGUGACCAUACCUCCGCCGUGUGCCUGUCCUCCGCCGCCAAGGCCAAGGUUGCCAAAAUCACAAUCGUUACACGUGCCCUUGGACAUGGAGGAGAAUCUUCGCGACAGAGAAAUGGAGAGGAUGCACACUGCCGAACAUUACUAUCAACCGCAAUUCUACGGGCCUCUGAGACCUAGCAAGAGCGUUCCAGAGGGUCUGAGUCAUCAGGAUUCCUACAGGAGUCGGCCAAGACGGCACAGAGACGUCACGGUGAUCGAACAAAUCACCACAAGCGUUUGAAUCAAUUAAAAAUUGGAAAAACCAGGAGAAGGAACGAAUAUAGUUGAUUGGUUGUUGGAGACAGUUGGAUACGACGAUGAUCAAGCUUGGAGCUGUGAUGGAGAAUUCUUGGGAUUUGUUGAUUGUUAGUUGUUUGAAGUUAGGUCUGGUUAACCGUUAGGAUGUUGUACGUGGCGAGAGAAAUUUUUCAUUUAAAGUGUGCGAAUUUCGUUCAAACGUAGUUCUUAGCUUUUUAGUUUAAAAUUUAAAUGAAAUGUAAAUUUGUAUAUAACAAAUUUGCCAUCACUUUUUUAUUUGUAUCAUCUACACACAAAAUUGUCCAGUUUUAGAAGAUUUAAGUACAAUUUUUUAAAUGAUUAAAACUAAGUUUAUUAUUAAUGUGGAAUUAUGCCAGAAAUGUCAUAUAUCAGUAUUAUUAUAUUAAUAUUAAACAAGUUUCUUACGUCUUGACAUAUAGCUGAAUGACCAAAGGAUUUUUUAAGUUAUAAUAGAAUUCUAAACUAACUCUAAUCUUUUUAUGUCCAUACAUUUUAUAGAGCACACAGCGAUUUCAAACUUUUGAUUAAAAAUAUUGAAAUAAACUAACAAAAAUUCGUUUGCAAUUCGUUUACGUAUAAAAUAGAUUCUUAUGAUAUUCGUUUCUAAAGAACACUUUUAACUUUUAAAGAAUAUUAUCGUUGUUACAUUCUUGGUCUAUGGAACAAUUUGGGUUAACCAGAUCUAUCUCAAGUGGUCGAAAACGGUUCGAGUAAGAAGGAUAUUGUCGAGGAUAUAAUUAUCGCGGAAUUUUUGAUCGUUAUUUACGUGAAUCUGUACGUGCUCUGCUCAGUUGCUUUCACGAAGAAGGAAAAAAAAGAGAAAGACUCGCAACAGCUUGCCUUAAAGACUAUAAUCUAAGACAGUGAAGGAUUUCACGAUAAAGGAAAGAUCUUUACGACCGCUGUGAAUCCGAGAUUGUACCGUUUUCUGUAAGAUUUGAGAAUCGCAGAGUGGAGAGCACGUUCUUUUCCUGGGAAUUUUUCACGCCUUCCGGUGAAUAAUCGUACAAAGUUUGAGCGUGUUAAAGGGCGACCCUUUUACCAGUUUUAAAGUUACUGACUCUACUACCGUUUCUAUUUCAUUGAACCAUAAAAUUGAUUUUCUUUAAUCGAACUAUAAGUUUGUUGAAAACUAGAUAUUACAACUUCCCUAAAUCUAAUUGAUUAUUCGAGAUCACAAAGAAAUGGCCAAAUUUUUACUUGAUUUUAGAGCAAUUAAAAGAACUCAGGAAAAUAUUAAUAUAGAUAUUAGAAUCUAUAAUACUUAAAUCAAAUAAUUUCUUAUAACAUAACGUUAUUUAAAAAUCACGCACCAUAUCCAUAUUUUUUGAGUUUCCUUUUUGUACUGUUAUUAUUAUUUGAUGUUUUAUAUUAAUUUAUACUACUUCAUUAUUAACUAAAUAUUCUAUUUAUGGCAAUUAUUAAUAUACUUUCAAAAUUAAAAAUACAAACUUAUUUUCCCGUAUAGUUAAAGACGUUAAAAAUUAAAUGACGUUAAUCAAAUUCGUCGUAAACAACUUCACAGUUUUUUUUUUUAUCUUUACUUUUCCUUUAAAGGUAGGCACAAAGGGGAGACUCUAUCCUCUGUCUAUUCAACUUUCUCUUUUACUUAACUUUUAACCCCCGUAUUUCUUUAAACCUCUCCCAUUCGUCGGCAAACAAAAGCCAGAUUACGCGUAGGCUUUGAAACGCCAGAAAACGUCGUUCCCUAAACCACUUAUCCCACCUUUUCGUUCAAUAUCCGAAUUACGUGCCCGCAAACAAAUGCGCCAAAUGAUUCUCAAUCGUUCAUUAUACAGGGUGUUUCCAAACUGGUGAUUCAAUUCGAAAAAAGAUGAAUUUACGUGAGAGAAGAAAUCACCGGAUUCAUGAAAAAUCGUAUUUGAAGUACUCCAUUACACAAACUUAAACUAUUAUAUUAAAAACGAAGUACAAAUGUUUUUCGUUUUGUCUUGUUUUUAUCUUAUACACUUCUCUUUCCUUAUCUUUCUUUUCUUGUUUCGUUCCUUAGAUGAUUUUAGUUCGAAUAGCAAAAUCUCCUGUAGUAACUGUCUUAUUACGAAUAUUUAACGCGAAGAAUUUUGCACAGGCAUAUUCUUACAAAUUUAAUUAAAAAACUGAAACUUAGGUAGACGAUUGUUCAUUUACCAAAUACUAUGACGAAUGCUAAAUCUCAACUUAUUUAUACUUUUCCGCUUAUCACGUGCAUUUUGUACAUUUUGCUGCCUUCAAAUCUCCCACAAAUGCAUAAAAAUCUAACAACGAAAUUAUAAAUCUUCUAGAAGGUGAAGUUGCGUGAUCAUUUUAGCCUACGAGAAGCUCAUAUUAUUUAUUUAAUUAUCUACUUUCCCACGAACGCAUUCAAUCGCAUUUCUCCUUUCUAUUUUCCCAACGCCCAAGCUUCUCAUCUCUCGCACUUAGCUCCUACUUAAAUCCCACAACUUAAACUUCACCUCGCAACAUCUACCUCUUACGUUGCUUAUUCUCUACAUGUCUUCGCUGCUCGUAUUCUCGCAGCGUCUACACUUCGAUAACAUACGAAUCCGGACAGAAACAUAUCUUUUGAGUUUGCUUUUUUGUACUGUUACUAUUAUUUGAUGUUUUAUAUUAAUUUAUACUACUCCAUUAUUAACUAAAUAUUCUAUUUAUAGCAAUUAUUAAUAUACCUUCAGAAUUAAAAAUACAAACUUAUUCAAACAAACAAAUAUUCUAUUUAUAGCAAUUAUUAAUAUACCUUCAGAAUUAAAAAUACAAACUUAAAAAACGUCGUUAAAUACAAAGUAUGAAACUCCAACGAUUCUGAGAUUGUAUCACCGUUUGGGUAACACCCUGUACAUCAUCAUCCCCCCAAGCCACCCCCACCGCAUAUUUCCAUAAAUUUAGCAGCGAAGCCACGUGGAAACACGAGCCCUCAUCGUUGCUCUUUAAAAUCUGACAAUUAUUGGCCGUUGUUGCGCGCGGCCGGAAAGCGGAAGAGCAGAGCGCGGACCGGCGCGGAGGGAAACGCGUAAUCCGGCCUCGGUUCGGUUAAUCGAAACGAUCUUUUGUGCGCGCAAUAUCCGUGAACAAUACGAGCGGCUAUUAUCGCGACGUCGUCCCCGGGUAUAUAUGCUUGACAACGCGCGCCUCGGCUGACAUCGAAAUCUCGUUGUCAUCGGAAAUUCUAUUCAGCCGGGCCCGAUUGGCAGAUGCCAGGCAAACGAUGCGUGUCGACAACACGAUGGCCCGCGUUCAAGACCGCCCACGGCCGAAUUACGCCCGCAACGUUCCAUCGCCGAUCACUAAAUUUUCGAGUUUACAUCGAUUAUGCCAGCGAUCGACGCUUAAGUGGAUGAUUACCGGGAUCGGAACGCUUCUGGCGAACGCGAGUCACCGAUCAAGGCGGAGAAAGCUCGAAGUGACUUCUUUCGGUGGUUUGCUUUGUUAAGCGUCAAUUUCUUAUUUUUGCCACAUUGACGUUCUGCGUUCUUUUAACAACUUAUCCAUCUUAACUUUUUUUUAAUUGUCCAUUUUAAUUUAUCGACGGUAGAACGCGAGGAUUUUUAAAAAAUUUCACUUUUGUAGGGAUACCUGGUGUUUUUCUUUUAGUUCGUUGAACAUCGAGGGGAAAUACGACGAUGCAGAGUUGGAUUUCUAUGGUCGUAUUUAUCGAAGGACGAUUUCAGCUUCUUUUAGUUUCUCGAGUAUUGGAGGAAACGUAGGGUAACGAGAACUGGAGUUUUGUUUCUCAGUUGUUGAAAUAUUAGGACAUUUAUUGGGUACUGAGCAAGGACAGGAUGAUAGACAGAGGUCUUUUAAUUGGAUCUUUGUUUCAUCGAACUAUAACGCGAUAUUAGAGAAUCUAUCGAGCGUGGCGGAAAGACAGGAUGAUUGAGAUGUGAAUCAUUGAUUGAAUUUGUAUGGUUUAGUAGACUGUUGCCACGUUAGAGUAUUUAUCGCGCAUUGGUGAAACACAGGAUAAUAGAAAGUGGACUUCUGCUUGUUAGAUGUGGUUAAAAUAUUAUAGAAUUUAUGGAAUAUCGAGGAGAGAUAGGAUAACAGAAAAUGGGUUUUUAGUUGGAUUCUUAUUGAUUAGUAGCUGUUGAAACAUUAGAGAAAUUCCUUAGAAGUACUUUUAAAAAUUGUAGCUUCGACCGAAGUAACAAUACCAGCUGUAUCUUGAAGAAUUGAAUUGUUACUUAACUUUUGUAAUAAUGAUAGUAAUAUGAACUUCUCAAGGAAUUUUUUUAAAACUACUUGAACUAUAAUUUUUUUCUUUAUUAUUGGUAAAUGGUCGAUUUACCUGAAAUAAUAAAUUUAUUCGAUAUUGAAGCACGAUUCGUACAAGAUUGUCAAAGUCGAUUGUGUGAAUAAAUAACGUUAAUUGUUGGCUAAUAGUUAAAUGAAUAAUCUAAAUGAUUAUUGAACCAAUAACAUGAUGUAGCUAUUUUAAUCAUUAUGAUAGUAAUCGUUAAUACACAUAAUAAUAUUUAAUAAUAAUAGGUAAAUAUGUUUAGUUAACGAAUUAUUAGAACCAUUGUUAAAUUCAAUUAUUUCAUUAAUAAGAAUUCUAUCCAAUUAUUGUUUAACAAAUUAUUAAAUUAUUCAAUAUUCUAUAUACAGGCAUAGAAAACGUAAAAAUUAUCAUCUGGUGAAAGGAAACAAAAAUCAAAAGAAGACACUUCGAGUUCCUCUAAUAAAAAGAAAAAUACGACCGAUUAUUUGGAAAAGAUAACUUCGUUGACUCGAAAACGCGAGAUAAGCGUGAAUGUUAAUAAAAACGACUGGUAGAAUGAAACGUGAAUGCAAAGAGUGAUUAUCGGUGUUCAGAGAAACGAAUCUUAAAAUGCACUAUGAAGAGGUUUUAUGCCACUCGUUUUGUCGAUGGUAGAAAGUGAAAUGUGUUAAGAUGUAUGAUGUAUGUAAAUGGAAUUUAUAUAGUCUAUCUGAUCUAUAAUUGAAGUAUCAAAGUAAGUUAGGGAAAUACUUAUUCGUGUUAAUGGUUUCUUAGUUACGAUGUUACUGUGAGAGAAGUAUCUGUCUAUAUAUUUCCUUAUUUAAUCAUCGUCCUACUAUUUCUAAUUCCUCAAUUUUCGAUAUCGAAAAACAUUGUUAUGCAAUUAAGUUAUCUUCUCGUUGUAAUUUUUUAACAAGUUCCAAACAUCCAAAUACUUCGAUGCAGAGGUUACAAUUUGUCUUUCCUCGUGACUUGAAAGAAUUCUAAACUCCCAAACGUUUACACCUGAAUUAUAAAAAAAGGAAAAGAAUUAUUCAAAUUGUUUUAUGCUUUCGAUAUUAAGAAAACAGAGUUGCCCCUGUUCGUAGCUUUAAGAAAUAGCAAACUCGUAAACGUCUCAAUGGAAAAUAUUCCAAAAAUGUCUAAAUAUAGAGAGAUAGGUCAUAUGUUUUCUCGUUUGUAUCGUUUAAAAGGCACUCGCCCAUUAACAAAUGGAUCGAUACUUCCCUCCCGUGUGUGUUCACGAAAUAACAUUUAGAGACUUAAAAGGAAGAGAAGCACAGAAGGGCGAAAGCAAAAGGAAAGUGGAAUGCAGAACAAAGUAACAGAAAUAUCGUGGCAGCAUGAGAAAAAGAGAUUCGAAUUUCUAGAGAUAUAAAAUAUAGAGGAUGGAGCUGGUCUCCAGGAUCGUCACAUUACAAUCGUUAGAAACUUUGCUUAUGUUUUAAUAUACAGUAUCGUAGAAACCUGGGAAAGUAAGUACAAUUUAGGAACAAUUGAAAUGUACGUAUACCUACGAUGUUAACGAUUUAACGAAAAAAAAAAAAGAGUCAGAAAAGACACACUCAUGAUCGAAUAUGUCGACGAAUCUUGUGUAAUUCGUGUAUAAUAUAUCCAAAAGCUCAAUUAUUGUCUCUGUUAGAGAGACGAUCGUUGUUUCCUUUCGAGUUUCUAAGUAAGAUGAAAGAGUAACAGAGGAAGAAUAGACUUUUAAUGAAAGAAAAGCUUGUACAGCCUGCAAACAAGUAUUCAACUUUAGCAGUUCACUAAACUUUUCAUUCAGAUUCUAGUAGAAAUUCCUAUUAAAAGGGAAUCCUUUAUUUGAGGAUCCAGGACGAACAAUCGAGAAACACGUGAAGUCAAUAUUAAUCUUCGGCUGAUGUCACUCACUCUUUUAUUUCAUGAUAGCGAAUAACAUGCUUUGUCUGGUAACAAAAUUUAUGGUGUUAUUGAAAUCUUCUUUUGCACGCUAUGGUAGUGUUUUAAAAGUUUCAACGUGCCAAGUAGAAGAUUUAAGAGUGAGUAAAUGCUGCAAGAAGGUUGCAAUAAUGAUUAGAAAAUCAUAUUUUAUAAGAUUAAAAAGGAAGAUAAGUUCGUUCAUACAAUUCUGUUAUAAGAGUUAAAUUUAAUUCCUACACUUAAUUGCUAAAUAAAUACAGCUAUUUCGGAUUUUAUCUUGCACCUUGUGGACGCUCAAUCUGGAAAUUAAACGAUCUUUAGAAAUUUAUAUUGAGAAAUGUUCAUUUAAGUUAAAUGAAACGCAUACGAACGAGUUUUGCGAAUUCAAAAAAACAAAUAGCUGUUAUAAAACUGCUACGAAGCUUUUAAUUUACUACACUGAAUCUGAUUCUGAAUUUUCCACGCUAUUCGCCUUUAAAUGGCCACGAUUUAGAAACGUAACCGAUUCUAUUAAGAAAUAUAACUCGUUUUGUAUCGAAUCAGAACUAUGUAAAUUAAUUUGUUGGAUCCUAAAGAACGGUAAAACUACUCUAAGACACAAAGAAGAAUGAAAAAUCCAGAAGAACGUGUACGAUGUUUCGUGAAAAUAAUUUCUCUGUCAGUUGAUUUUUUCACCUAACUCGUGCGCGAUUCGAGGGGAUCUUCGUUGUGAUAGGAUCUCGAGACGACAGGAAUCAAAACUAGAUUACAGCAAAGUAAUUGCGCGAUCGAAUCGACGAGAAUCAAAACUAGAUUAGGAGAAAAUUGUCGCAGCAAUCUGUUCGCAAUGUCUGACGACAUCAGCCAAAGGUUCAACCAUUCAAUUCCUACUAGCUCUUAAAUAAAAACAACUCAUCUCGAAGACUUUGAUACACAGCAAACGAGUCACCGAAUGAUAAAGUGAUUAGUACCUGAAUAUUAAGUGUUCUAGGUUUACGCGACGAUUCAGCCACGCGAACAUCGUUUGUUUAUCGCGAAUCAAUCAAAAAUAUCAACUCCCUUUUACGCGAUAGACUUUACUGUGGGUUUUUUCGGGAUCGGCUCUUCUGAGACCAUCGCAGUACAAGCUUGUGAGAUGGAAAAUUGGGAAGAAAAAAGGGAAUUAAAAAACGCCACGAAAACGAUUGCAAAGUUGAGAAGAACGAUUCGCUUUGCUAAUUAGAUUAGAUAAUCCCGUAAAAGGGACACAAUAUCGUCACGCUUCCGCUUCUUGCUGUCACUUGUCGCGCUUAAAUCGCUGUCCAAGUCCUUUCGAAAGUCGCCUCGUUACUUGAACGUUGCUAAUUGUAAGUAAAAUAAGUAGACUGUGGAUAGAACUACCAGACGCGUGUAAAUUACGCAGGAUGUGCAUAUUACGUAAAAAUAAUAUGCCAAUUUUUUCGGACAAACAUCGUGAGGAUGUUGGAUGGACAUAAACGAAGGAAAAAUGUUCAUUCGAAGGUUGGAUAAAAUGUUACGAGAAAGCUCGAAAAUAUCAAGAGAAUAAUACGCUUGAGUUUUCGAUAUUGCUCGAUCAAACAGUAAACUUUUACGUUGAAUGAGAAAAUAUAUUCGAUAAGAGACAGAACGCACGAUGAACAGGAUACGAAGAAUAUGAGAGAAGAUGAAAUGAGUUGAGAUGAAAUACAAUUGAAAUGAAUUUUAUAAAACGAUAAAUUCAAUUAUUUCUUUUUUGUCGCUGAUACUCUUGUAUCUAUCGACAGAAACGAUAAAAACUUCCGUAUUUUCGUAUCUCUUAUCUAAACUAGGACAAAAUUUGCCCGAAAAAAUUGGACAUACUAUUUGUUGUAAUGUUCAAUAAAUAAAACGAAGCUGUACUUAAAUUAUAUUAUUUCAGUUAUCUUAAAAAUUUUAUGAAUCUACGUAAUCGUCCACAGUCUACUAACGAAGAAAGUGGAAAAUAUUUGGUGCGACUAACGACGUGAAAAAUCGGAGGAUCAUCGGCGAACUUGCAAAGCUUCAGAUUUUUCAACUGUAUCGUAAUUUUGGUAACUCAAAGCGUAAAACGUUCCACUGUAUUUAAGAUACCUUGCGUUUGGGAAAUGAUCGUCUUAUAAUCGCGGAAGACACUUUACGUUGUUGUAAAAGCAAACUUAUCGUAUCGUAAAAGCAAAUGAAUAUUUUACUGCGAUUGUUAACGAAGUACGUUGAACAGCCAUAGACUGAUAAAACUUUCAACGACCAAUUACUGCAAUCAGCGAAAUGUGUAACGUGAAAUUUUGUUUGAAGGAAGAGAUGAACGAAAGCAUCACAAUUCAUCGAAGCGCAAAAUCAGUAGAAAUUUAUAUCUACUGCAGCUUCUUCGAGUAACAUAACAAACGUGGUAUCUUUAUUAGAAAAACAAAACAGAUAAUUCAUAAGUACCAACGAUAUAAAAAGUUUAACGAGUCGUUUAAGAACGUGUCGUAUAGUUUUUAAUGUACGAAGUUUCGCCUAGUUAGAUGAACGAUAUACGAAAAUUUCCGCGUGAAGAAAAAAGAAAAAAAAAGAAAAGACGAAAGAUCGAUGUAUCGUUCUUUUUAAACGAUCCCUGUUCCAAGAUGUUCAUACUCUUCGUUCAUUCUCUUUGUGGUGAAUUGUUUGUAUACUGCCAAUUUUUAUAGAACACUGUUCGCAUUAUAAUUCUUCGACACACUUGUAUCUUCUUGAACGAUCAAGCGUUUGAAGUGUAAUAUCCGAGAGUGAGAAGAGCGAAUUAAUUAACCAAGCAAAAAGAACUCACUCGUCGUAGGAUUAAUUGUCUUUAUCGAACACUUUGCCGUGUGUUUUUUCCACGACUUAUUGUAUUUCGAUCAAUCGCGACGAACGUUGAUUGGAAAGCCGGAGAUGCGAAUUCUCAACUCUUUAAAGCCGCAAUUUCUUUCUGUUAAGGAUCAACAUUCUGUUGAUACAACGUUGUUUAAUAUUCGAGUUUGAUCUAAUAUUAGGUAAAUAUUUGAAAUAGCAAAUUUUGUUUAGCACCUUAAGGUUUAUGUAGAUGCUUCGUUGAUCCAAUUGCUUUUCACAGAUAGAAAUUGCUAUUUCGUCUUCCACAUAGACCGCAGAAUUUCAUGGAGUACGAAAUAUUGAAUUUGAUAAAUUUUGAUGAAUUUGAUAAAUUACGUUUCUUAAAUUAUUGAAACGUUUCCGUAUUUCUAAUCUUUCGAAUGAACUUCAGUGAAGCAUUUAUUAAUCUAAUGCGUUUUCAUAAUUUAAUGAAACAAAUUACUUUGUUUUUCGAUAAUAUUCUAUCGUACUAGAUCGUUAACGAACCAGAAGAAAACCAUUUUCGUGUUAUGUUCCAUAUGCUUCACAGCGCUUUUUUAUUCCCCGUAAGGAAUUUUUAAAAGUUUUUAAACAUUUUCGAGAAAUUUCACGUAGGUUUAAUCGAACCGAACGAGGAGUUUGAAAUUUGAAUCUUCGAAAUCGAACGAUCAAACGACAAACGCAAAUUAACGAAACAUAAAUGAUAGGAAGGAAGGUUCGCAGAAACCUUUUAACAAGCAUCGUACGACAGUUCCUCCCUUCUCAUUGUCCACGAGUAUCUCGAGUGUUUUUUCUACAAUACAAUCGUAGCUUUCUAUCCACGAAGAAACAUAGAAGACCAGAGUCUUUUUCUAAUCUUUACGGUCCAUCAGAUCUUUGUUAUAGCAAAUGUAUCAAUUCAGCAGACAUGUACACUAACUGGUCAAUGUAUGCACAUAUUGAUUUGAUAAGUUUACAUGUAUUGACAAAUUUUUAUAUAUGCAUAAACAAAAAUGCAUUAAUUUGAAAAAGGAUAUAUAUUUAUUUUAUUUCAAGUAACUGAAUAUUCAUAGAUUUAUCAAAUAAAAUGUUAUUAAGUUUUCAUUUUCAUUCUAUUGGUAUUGUUACAACAAAAUGUGAUCAAGGCAUCGGCAAUCUAUUUCCACAGAAAUUUUCUACGUUUGCAGUGCUAUGUUUUAAGGAUUUGGAUGAUUUUUUUUAUAAAAUAUACGAGUAAAUAAUUCUAUUCUUUUCUCUAUAUACAGGGUGGUUGGUAACUGGUGGUACAAGCGGAAAGGGGGCGAUUCUACGCGAAAAAACAAGUCGAAAAUAUAGAAUAAAAAUUUUUUCUUUUUUUUUUAAUUUUUUUAAAAAUCUACAGUGAGAACCGUUAUAACGAGACGUGAUAAAGUGCACGCGUACCGAGCGAAAAUUCAAAGUCGAUUUUCUCGAAAACAAAGCCUGAAACGAAAAAUUUUUAUUCUAUAUUUUCGACUCCUUUUUUCGCGUAGAAUCACCAGUUACCAACCACCCUGUAUACGUUUUUUCAUAUACUUUGCAUUUCCAUUCGCCCGACACAGUUUCUAUACUUGUCACGCUGUUAUUAUACCGCUACUAAUGUGUCGUACUAAGUAAAUAUAUUUAUUAAUUGUUAAUUAAUACUAAUUACAGGCAUUCGUGUGUUUAAUUCCUUUUAUAAUUACUUGCUAUCGACUACUGAUAAUAGAAACAUAUUAUCGUUAAUAUCUUCGCAGAGAAGAUAGCAAAUUUAACUUUACGGAAAAUAAAUAAAUUUAUCGUUUGGUUAGUUAACAAUCGACGCGCAUAUAAAAUCAAACGAUAAUUGCAUACAUUAAUUACCAGUGUUAGGUGUAGUAUAUAGGUUCACCGAAUUUCACAAUUUUAUUACGACAAAUCAAACAUAAUCCUCCCACGAUAUUGAACGAACAGUCUCGAGCGCGAAAUUCAAAAUGCAGCAGCGUGAAAUCGAGUUUUAUACCUCGUACCAAUUUUAGCGAAACGUCGUAAGAACUAAGAACGUAGAGACCAGAUUUUUCGAUUUCUAUUCGUGUACCAUUUUCCAUUCGUUCGUAACUACUAAAUGUACGCUUAAAGGGGAAAAAGAAAAAAAGAAAAAAAAAAAAAAGAAAGAGAUUCUGCGUGUAAAGCGAGGCUACGAACAAACCUAUAGAUAUUCGAGCGAUUCUCGGCGCGUCGUUCUCGAGAUAUCGUCGUCGAUGGCCGUUUAAAGGGAACUUUUUCGAUCCGAACGGCAAAUUUUCGCACGAAAGUUUCAUAGAGGAACAGAGGCUGGGAUAUAGCGGAAAGUAUUUGCGCAAUCACGAUAGACUUGGAGGCGGCAAAUUGCUUUCAAAAAUCCGCUAUCCGCGAAACUCUGUUCGUAGAUGUAUCUCGAGGAAUUCUCUGAUAACCUGUUGUACACACGCAUACAUACACGUACACGUACACGUACACGUACACGCGUAAAGACACGUAUACGGACACACGUAAAAUGUAAUACUUGAUCCUUGUGAAAGCUUCUUGUAAACCGACAUUUACGGGAAAUCGUAACUUCUUUACUUUUUAAAAUACGAGACGAUUGAAGAGGAAGAGGGGAAGAGAGAAGGAAAUACGCAAGGUCUCCCAUUACGAAGCGUUGAGCAUUUUGUAAAAGUUUUAUAAAUAGUUCUAUGUAGUUGAACAGCUGGACCAAUAAAAUGUAUAUCCGAUUGUA